AUGCGAUGCCUCCUGCGCCAUGUCCGGCCAACUCCCGGCCGCACGCGUGCCCUGAGCCAGACUGGCGCCAGUCAGCCAGCGGACGCCCGAGCAGAUGCCUCAGACCCCUCGAGGUUCAUGCGGCGCAGCUACUGGGAGGAGUAUCAUGAGAACAGCGACCUUUCUCAUGAGUGGUUCCUGGAGCCAAGCAAGUGCUUGGAGGUGCUGCUGCCCACAGUCCAGACUGUCUGUGCUUCGCAGAGUUCCUCGACAAAGGAUCGAGACGCUGUGCGCGCACUGCACAUCGGAUGUGGGACCAGUACGCUGGGUAUCGAGCUGGCGAGGAGCAGCCUGACAAUGAAGUCCAGCUUGCAUGUCUCGAAUGUGGACUUCAGCAAGAACGCGAUCGAGGCGAUGCGCACAUCGAGAUCGCAGAGCCCGGACGCAGCAGCCACCCUGAAUGAGUGGUUUCUCGCAGACCUCUUAAGCCUGCCGUUCGAGAAUUGCCACUUCGACCUGAUAUUGGACAAGGGCACCUUUGAUGCCUUCGAAGCAAGUGAUGCGGGCCGGCGUCAGGACCAAGCAGGC